UUUUUUUAUUUAUUUAUUUAUUUUAUCACAUCUGCAAAGUUCAUUCUUGCUUGUACUUCGAUCAUCUCGACGCCCCUCGUGUUCUGCUGUGCUUCUGUGUGAUUAAACCUGUGGUUUGUGCGGUCAUUGAGACGCGCUUUGCAGACAUUUUUCAGCUGGUGAAACUUUUUUCUAAAGUAUUUUAUUGCGAACACGGGAUCUGUCAACAGUGGUCUCAAAGUCAUUUGGAGUGGCCGCCAUGUAUCUUGAGGAGAUUUCUCAUACAGCUGGAGUGACUUUGGUCCUCUGUGUCUUUGCUGUGCUUUUGCUGGCUCUCCAUGGUCGACGGAGAGAACCGGGCUGCUCCUUGCCCCCAGGUCCCACUCCUUGGCCGCUAGUGGGAAAUCUUUUCCAGAUGGGGGAAGAGAUCCAUUUGUCUUUAACAAACCUGAGGGUUCAGUAUGGAGAUGUGAUCCAGAUAAAAAUGGGUUCUCUUGUGGUGGUCGUUUUGAGUGGCUAUUCUACCAUCAAGGAGGCUUUGGUACGUCAAGGACAGGCGUUUGCUGGACGCCCUGACUUCUUUACCUUCUCUGCAGUUGCUAAUGGCACCAGUAUGACGUUUAGUGAGAAGUAUGGAGAAGCUUGGGUGCUUCACAAAAAGAUCUGCAGAAACGCCCUAAAGACCUUCUCCCAAGCUGAGUCCCGAGACUCAAACGCUUCUUGUCUUUUGGAGGAAUGUAUCUGUGCAGAGGCCGUGGAUAUGGUGGAGGCUCUGAAGAAACAAGGAGAUGAGGUUGGAGAUUCAGGGCUCAACCCAGUUAAGUUGCUAGUGACCUCGGUUGCCAAUGUGGUUUGCACAUAGCAUCUCUGCUUUGGGAAGCGGUAUGCCCAUGACGAUAAAGAGUUCCUCACCAUCGUCAACACCAAUAAUGAAGUGCUGCGCCUCUUUGCUGCAGGGAAUCUGGCAGACAUUUUCCCCAUCUUCCGUUACCUGCCCAGUCCGUCUCUGCGAAAGCUGCUCCAGUACAUUGACAGAAUGAACAACUUCAUGGAGCGCAACAUCACUGAACAUCUCAUCACCUUUGAUAGGAACUGUAUCCGGGACAUCACUGAUGCCCUAAUAGCAAUGUGUGAAGACAGGCAGGAGGACAAGGAAACAGCUGUUCUCAGCAACUCGCAGAUCAUCCACAGUGUCGUUGACAUCUUCGGAGCUGGUUUUGACACUGUCAUCACCGGUUUGCAGUGGAGCCUUUUAUACCUGAUCAAGUUUCCAGACAUCCAGGCUAAAAUCCUCCAGGAGAUAGAAAGCCAGGUUGGUGUGAACAGGUUACCACAGUUUAAAGACAAGCCAAACAUGCCGUACACAGAAGCUUUCAUAUAUGAAGUGUUUCGUCAUGCAUCCUACAUGCCUUUCACCAUACCUCACUGCACAACUGAUAACGUUACACUAAAUGGAUACUUCAUUCCCAAAGACACAUGUGUGUUCAUCAACCAAUAUCAAGUCAAUCAUGACAUGGAUAUUUGGGGUGAUGCUGAGGCUUUCCGGCCUGAACGUUUCAUCACCUUGUCUGGCCAUCUAAAUAAAAAGCUGACUGAGAAGGUAAUGAUAUUUGGCAUUGGAAUACGCCGUUGCCUCGGUGACAGCUUUGCCCGUCUGGAGAUGUUUGUCUUCUUAACCACCCUGCUGCACCAGCUGCACAUAGAGAAUGUUCCAGGGCAGGAGCUUGACCUGAGCUCUACCUUUUCCCUCACCAUGAAGCCCAGGCCCUUCCAGAUAAAAAUCUCAACUCGUAACUAAGCUAUUAUAUUUCAGAUAUUAUAUGUACACCAAAUGGACCUACAAUGCACCUCACAAUGAUUGCUAAAAUCGCAAAACAAAGCUGAUGUUGGGCAUCACUGAACUGCUAAGCUAAUUAACCACAUUAAUUAAUUAAUUAACCACAUUAAUUCAGCUCAACUGUAACUUGAAUAUUUGCUAUUGCACAUAAUUGUGUAAUCUAAGCAUGUCCAUGCAUUAUUUGUGAUAAUACAUGAUAGCUAAGCAUCUAAGUUACUGUUUGUACUUUUAGCACAAACAGUAAAGCUUUUGAAAAGCUGCUUUGUGUUAAACUGAAUCAGAAUUAAUGGUAGUGAUGAUUUUGCAUUAAUGAACAAAUAUUUUUUAAUAAUUAAUCAAAUGUAAUUCAGUUUAAUAUUAUCAAUUUGCUAUAAAAUAUUAUAGUUUCAAAUUAUAUUUACUGUGAAGUUGUCAAGUCUAUCAUAUUACUGAACUCUGUUAACCAUCUUAUUUUUAUAGGACAAAAUUUUUAUAUACCACUUGUUUCAUUUUUCAAGUUUGUGAAGAGAGCGGACUGUUUCAGAUCUGUUUGUUUCUUACAAUAAAGCAUAAGCUGGUAUUGAUGAAGUAACAUUCAAAA